GGCGGGCAGGGGGAGGGGCCGGCAGCUUCUUUCCCCCCUUUUUUCUGUUUCUUUUUUUUCUUUUCUUCCUCCCCCCCUUUCACCUCCCCCCCUUUCUCUCUCUCUCUCUAUUUUUUAAACCCUUCUUUUUUCUCCCUUUUCCCUUUCUUUUCUUCCUUCUUUCCUCCCCUCACUAUCCCUCCAGGCCUCAGGGUGCCUGCCUGCCUGCCUUCCUUCCUUCCUCACGAGCCAAUGCCUCCUCACCUACUCUCUGUCUCUUAGGGCCUACUUCCCGGGCCCCAGCUUUUAAGACCCUGGGCAUUGGGAAGGCUUUCCCCCUAUUUCUCUCCCUUUUUGCUUAGGGCCUCCUUCUUUUCUGCUUCCUCUCCCCAGAAGUCCCUCUUCUCCCCUCUUCCUCAUUCUGCCCCCUUCCGUUCCUCUACGUCAGAGGAAGAGCUUGGAGGGAGGGGGGCUUCACAGCAAGUCCCACGGCCAACAGCACAGCCUCUCUUCCCCGAAAGAAGGAAGGAAAGAAGAAAGAAAGGGGCGGGAGGAAGAAAAAGAAGGAAGAGGAGGAGGAAGGCAUACAGCCGUUGGCCACUGAGGGAAGGAAAGGGGGAGACAGGUUCCCCCUGCUCUUCCUCCCUCCCUCCCCUUCCUCCCUCUCCCCCCCUUCCUGCCAAGGUUUCCAUGUACAUAGAAUUUCUGGUUUGGUGGGACACUCAACAGUAUGACUUCUCAGCUGCAUCCUCUAGAUGGAAUCAGUAGGGAAGAUGAUUGGAACAAGUGCUCCAGCAAAAAAAGGUGUCAUCUCUAACAGUGUAUUGUGCUGAAGAUGUCUAACAGCAACACAACACAAGAGACACUGGAAAUAAUGAAAGAGUCGGAAAAGAAGCUGGUUGAGGAAUCUGUGAACAAAACCAAGUUUGUAUCCAGAUCACUAAGCAAAGAAGAACUUGAGAAGGAUGGGGAGGAGAGUAGCCUACGGCAGGAAUCUCAGAGGCGAAUAUCCAAUCAUGGGCAUGCUAGAAAAAGAGCCAAGUCCAAUUCAAAGCUGAAGUUGGUCCGGAGUCUGGCUGUAUGUGAAGAAUCUUCUAGCCCCUUUGUGGAUGGGCCAUUGGAAACCCAGGAUAUCAUACAGUUGCAUAUCAAUUGCCCUCCUGACAAGAAAGAUGAGAAGUCUGCAAAAGAUGGUCCUGAAAAAGAAGAUAAAGAGAAAAAUAAAGAGAAGGCCCCCAAGAAAAUGCUGUCUAGAGAUUCCAGCCAGGAAUACACAGACUCCACUGGAAUAGAUCUGCAUGAAUUUUUAGUAAACACACUGAAGAAAAACCCAAGGGAUAGGAUGAUGCUGCUAAAAUUAGAACAGGAGAUCCUGGAAUUUAUUAAUGAUAACAAUAAUCAGUUCAAGAAGUUUCCCCAAAUGACCUCAUACCAUAGGAUGCUUUUACACCGAGUUGCUGCCUACUUUGGCAUGGACCACAACGUAGACCAAACUGGGAAAGCCGUCAUUAUCAACAAGACCAGUAACACCAGAAUCCCUGAACAGAGAUUCUCUGAGCACAUCAAAGAUGAGAAGAGCUCUGAGUUUCCCCAGAGGUUUAUCCUCAAGCGAGAUGAUGCCAGCAUUGAUCGGGAUGAUAAUCAGAUCAGAAUCCCACUGCAGGAUGGACGGAGGAGCAAAUCUAUUGAAGAGCGAGAAGAAGAGUAUCAAAGAGUUAGAGAACGCAUAUUUGCACGGGAGUCGGGCCAGAACGGGUUCCUGAAUGACAGCAGACUCACCAAAGAAGGCUUUUCUUCUAGCUCUCACAAAAGGCGGCAGAUCUUUAGGGGUAACCGGGAUGGGCUCAGCCGAGCUUCAGGCAGCCGCCAGAGCAGCACGGACAGCGAUCUGAAGUCACUGGAGCCUCGACCGUGGAGCAGCACAGACUCAGAUGGCUCCACCCGCAACAUGCGCCCUCCUGUCACCAAAGCCAGCAGCUUCAGUGGCAUUUCCAUCUUGACGCGAGGAGACAGCAUCGGUGGCAUUGGCAAAGGAAGCAGUGCCAGCAGGACUAUCAGGCCAGGUUUGUCACUGGGUGCGCCAGAUGUCAGUGGCCAAGUCUCCUCUGCUCCACCUAGCCGAGGCCUCUUGCCGUGUGCUACACAGCAGCCGCAACCACAGCCACAACAGCAGCAUCAACCACUUCCGCCCACUCCCCAGCAACAGCCAGCUAUGAGUAAUCACAUCAUAUCACAGCCGGUCCCAGCUCUGCAGCCCUCUCCGCAGCCUGUUCAAUACUCUCCAAGCUCCUGCCCCCAGGUCCUCCUGCCAGUCUCUCCACCCCAGCAGUACAACAUGGCUGAUGAGCUCAGCAACCCCUUUGGGCAAAUCAGCCUCAGCCGCCAGGGUUCCACAGAGACAUCCGAUCCGUCCUCAGGCAUGUUCCAGCCACCAAUCAUGUCCCAGCAUCCUCAGCAGACGGGCUUCAUUAUGGCUUCCCCGGGGCAACCAAUCACUGCCUCCAACUACUCUGCCUCGGGACACACGGCACCAGCCCAGCAGGUCUUGCAGCCCCAAAGCUAUAUGCAGCCUCCCCAGCAAAUUCAGGUUUCUUACUACCCUCCUGGGCAGUACCCAAACUCUAGCCAGCAAUACCGACCUCUUUCUCACCCGGUGGCCUACAGCCCACAGCGCAGCCAACAGCUGCCUCAGCAGUCACAGCAGCCUGGUUUACAGCCAAUCAUGUCCAACCAGCAGCAGACAUACCAAGGUAUGAUAGGAGUGCAGCAGUCCCAGGGCCAGAGUCUCCUCAGCAACCAGCGCAACAACAUGGGCGGCCAAAUUCAGAGCAUGAUGAGUGUGCAGCAGUCUCAAAGCCAGAACCUCCUCAACAAUCAGCGGGGUAAUAUGGGCGGCCAGAUGCAAGGCCUGAUGGUCCAGUACACUCCACUGCCUUCAUAUCAACAGGUACCUGUGGCUAAUGAGUCUCAGAGUGUGGUCCAGCAGCCCUUUCAGCAGCCCGUUCUGGUACCAGCAAACCAGUCUGUUCAAGGAGGAUUGCAACCUGGGGGGAUGCCAGUCUACUACAGUGUUAUCCCACCUACUCAACAAAAUGGCACCAGCCCUUCAGUAGGCUUUCUGCAGCCUCCUGGGACAGAGCAGUAUCAGAUGCCUCAGUCCCCAUCUCCUUGCAGCCCGCCACAGAUGCAGCAGCAGUAUUCAGGGGUGUCUCCCACAGGGCCUGGCGUUGUGGUAAUGCAACUCAAUGUGCCCAAUGGCCCCCAACCUCCCCAGAACCCUUCAAUGGUGCAAUGGAACCACUGCAAGUACUACAGCUUGGACCAGCGAGGUCAGAAGCCUGGAGACAUCUACAAUCCAGAUACCGGUGCUCAGGCCAACAGCACCCAAAUGAGUAGCCCAAUCACAUCCCCCACACAAUCCCCUGCGCCAUCACCCGUCACUAACCUCAACAGUGUCUGCACAGGUCUCAGCCCCCUUCCAGUGCUUACACAGUUUCCUCGACCCGUGGGCCCAGCUCAAGGUGAUGGGCGCUAUUCUCUGCUGGGCCAGCCACUGCAGUACAAUCUCUCCAUUUGCCCUCCAUCUCUGUUGCACAACCAGUCCAGCUAUACAGCACACCAGGGACAAACGGGGUUAAAGCAUGGCAAUCGAAGCAAGAAACAGACUCUGAAGUCAGCAUCCACGGACCUUGGAACAAGCGAUGUAGUGUUGGGCCGUGUCCUGGAAGUAACUGAUUUACCGGAGGGCAUCACGCGCACAGAGGCUGACAAGCUCUUCACACAACUUGCCAUGUCUGGUGCCAAAAUCCAGUGGCUCAAAGAGACUCAUGGGCGUCCUGGGGGCGGCGGUGACAACAACCACGGGACUGCAGAGAACGGCAGACAUAAUGACCUUGCUGCCUUAUACACCAUCGUGGCCGUCUUCCCCAGCCCCUUGGCAGCCCAGAACGCCUCCCUGCGUCUCAACAACUCCCUUAGUUGCUUCAAAUUGCGUAUGGCCAAAAAGAACUAUGACCUGCGUGUCCUGGAGCGUGCCAGCUCCCAAUAGGGGCAGGCAGAGGGGCGAGGAGGGGUGGGGGGCAACAAGCACACUGGACUGGCCUUUCCGGCCCCCUCUCAGCCCCUUGACUGGCCUCCUUCUGCCUCCCCCCCUCCUUGAUUUCCACAUACACCUCCCCCUCUCUCUUUUUUUCUUUUUUUUUGAUGGGGAAGGGGAGAAUCUUUCUGGAGAUAUUUAUAUGGACAAGAAUGAAGAGAAGAGACAUUGAUUUUUUUGUUUUGCUUUGGGGGGAGGGUUCUGUUUUUAUUUUUAUUUUGCGUGAAGGAACAUGUCCCACCCCUUGCCCCUUCUCCGGAACACGUGUAUAUUGUUUUUGUUCAGCGUUGUGCCGCGGUACGCAGCCGUAUUUAAUUGCACAUACAGAUGUUGGCUGGGUAUGUUCACUGUACAUUUUAUUUAAUCUGGGUUUAUUAUUAUUAAUAUUAUUUGGUUUUUAAAUAUAAAAAAAUCGUCUGUCACUUUAAA